AAUGUUGUUGUCAUUUGUCUUCCUUUUGUUUGCUGGAUGUCUGUGAAGAGUAGGAAUUUCAGGUUUGAACAUUGCAUACCUUCUCUGAUAUUAAAUAGGACCAUUGAACCAAUUCAAGAAAAGCUCAGUAGGCCAGACAAUUUCGCUGGAAAGAGGAACGUCUGGGGUUGGACACCCUUCUUUAGAAACCAAUGGUUUCAUGUCCGGACGUAAUUGAAGGUUUUCCCCAGUUUAGUGGGCCUUGUAAUACUCUGUCCGUAGACAUUAGCUGUCCCUCUGUCUGCAGGGUCUGCCGAGCAUUUGAGAGAUGACUAUAAUUGAUCACAGACGAAGGGCAAAUGCAAAUGUGAAACAAAGUGAAACAGAUUCUGAUCAGAUAUGCCACUUUCCCUCGGCUGACAGUUAACACCCGUCAACGCUGCCGCUUCCUCCGAACUCGGCUAAGUAAAAGGGCGCUUUCCGCAAAGUAACUGCGAGCGUACGAUGUGAGAGACCGUCGGGGCGUCGUUCGCAGCCCACGACGGUCAUUUUCAUUCUGCGCCGUACCUGUUCGGAUUCAGGUGCUUAUAUAAUAGGUCGAAACUCAGAGCAAGGGAAAAAAGGUUUACUAAAUUAGAAUGAAUUCGAGCGGAAGACCCACUACCACACGGGAAUAAAUGUCUCCUGGCCGCCUCUCGCGUUGGCACGAACACGACGCCUCAUGGUGUAGCUCCUGAGAGUGAAGUUUGGUCUGAGCGUCUUAAAUGACCUGAUUUGUCAAUCGCAGCGAUUUUGUUCUGUUGUUGUUCCACACUUAUCGAUCGUUUAUUAUUUACUUGGACAAGCUGGUUUACAUUAUUUGCAUAUUCCCCCGUGGGCACUGGCUCCUAAAUAGCUCCGAAUGUUACCUGCAGACUGUACAUUAACUCAACCUCCCUUGUGCCUGCACCGCUCCACACCAGUAGAACUUGUUUGAGACUCUUCAGUGGGAGGAGGAUACGAGGCAUGUUAGCACAGCGCUCUCGCCUUGCGCGCAACCCGGAGAGUGAGAACGGGCUCCUUCCACAGUGGACCGCCCGCAGCGGGAGGAAACUCACUUCGCGGUCGGGCAGCAGGUGCUGAGAGCACAGAUCAUGCAAGUCUGUCGAUAAGGAAUGUCAGGGUGUCUGCUGAGAGCUGGGCAAGCCGUUUGUUUUGGGCUUCAGUCCCCGUUUUCUGCUCCGGCGGCGGCGUACAUGGGGACCUACAGCGAUUGCUCUGGAGCUAUUAACACCGCCAACCCCGGGCGCAGCCUGCGAAAUGGACUUGGAGCACCGGAGGACUAGGCAAGGCAGGAAACGGCAGCGACUGGGAGAGAUGCACAUUUCCAAUGGCGAGGAAAUGGAGACCCUCAAGGACAGCCUGAUGGACACACCCUGUUUGAAGAAUCACGUUGCUGUUUGCCAAGAGGGGAGUGCUUCCUUCAGCGAGCUGACAGAGCUAAUGCUGAAUGGUACACGGAGGAGUGGCGAGGAAGGGAAAGAGAAGGACGAGCAGGAACGUAGAAACCCAAGUGCCCGCCUGUGCAGAGAGCAAGGACCGAGACCCAAGCAAGUCCUCUCCAGACAGCUAGCCUUGCCCCUCGAUAACUGCGAGACCGUGGCUGAGGCUCAGCUCCGACUCAAUGGACGCCAAGGGGCUGCAGACAGCUGGACGCUGGAUGAUGCGGGCCAGAACAAUACCAUUGUCACGCCGACUCUGGCAGGCUGCCCCCUGUCCGGCCGGCAGGUUGUGGGCAAGGCUGAUAGCUGGCCGCACCAACGCUUGCCCCUAGACAGUAGCUUCAGUGGUGCCUCCAAGAGUGACUUUGCCCUCAACACACUCUUGGCCGAGGUGGAGAGGGGUGAGGCGAGUUCCAAGCAGAGGCGACCCUCUCAAAGUUCGGACCAGGAAAAAAUUGCAAGGAGAAAAAUGCGAGUGUACUCAACAGAUUGUCCUAGUGAAAAGUCUUUCAGCAGUGGGAGCUUAGGCUGCGAAUCCAUGUUUACAGGGACCCUGUUUGAUGAUGACUUGGAGGACAAUGAUUUCCUAAACCAAAGCUUCUCACUGGAUGAUGAGAUUGGACCCUCGGAUUCUAGUUCUGUUGAGCUCCCACUGGAUUCGAUGCCUGAACUGGAAGCUGAGCCAGCGACUAAAGGUGAACUGGACACCCAGCAUCCGAACCAUCCCAAUGCCGCAUGCAUAGAGCAGGAGAAAUGGCGGUUCUCGGCUUCUGAACUGAUAAACAGAUUGCACCUCUCUCAGAAAAAAGUAGCACAGGCCUUGAAAAUCAGCAAAUCCCUGUCAGGAAGAACUACGUCCAGAGAGAAGUUGACACCUGUCAUGUCCCUCGAAGGUAGACAGAAUGCAAAGCAGAAAAGCAAAUCUCUGAUGGCAAUCAACAGCAACACGUCUCCAAAGCCACAAAGGGAUGGUAUCAUCUUUGACAGCCCUCCACCCCAUACCUGGAGGUCCAGCACCCUUCAGAGGAGAGUGGCCUCUGAGGAGGAAAUAAGUGCAAAGCAUCAGAGGGAAAGAAGGCACUCCAGGUUUCUGAUGAGCUAUUCACCUGAUGUGAUGGGCAGAGCGCACCCCAGUAUUAGUGGUUCAAAUGGUUCUGUUCCCACAGCAAUCCUUUAUCAGGAGUACAGCAACGUAGCAAGCGACCGUGAAAUCCAACGGCAGAAGCGGGCGGACACGGUUAUUGAGGACGACGACGUCAUCCUCCCCAGCAAGUGCAACUCUUUGCCUUCGAAUCUUUUCUGGUCACAACGGUCCGCUCGGGGGAAUGCUUUUGCCCUCUGGCAGGACAUCCCGGAUGUGCGGAGAAGUGGGUUGCUGGACCGAAUUGGCAACGAGCAGAGGAAGUUGCAGGAAGCCAAGUUUGAACUGGUCACUUCGGAGGGAUCCUACCUUCACAGCCUCACCAUAAUGGUGGAGCAUUUCCAGAAUUCCAAGGAGCUCCAGGAAUGUCUCAAUGCUCAGGAGAAGCAGUGGCUUUUCUCAAAACUGCCUGAAGUCAAGGAAGUCAGUGAGAAGUUUCUGCAAGACCUGGAGGAGAGGCUGGAGAAGGAUAUCUUGAACUUUGAUGUGUGCGACAUUGUGUUGACCCACUGCCCUGCAUUCAGGAGAGUCUACCUUCCUUACGUCACCAACCAAGCCUACCAGGAGCAGACCUACCAGCGGCUGCUGCAGGAGAAUCCCAGGUUUCCAGGCAUCCUGGCCAAGCUGGAGGAGGACCAGAUCUGCCAGCGGCUGCCUCUCGCCUCAUUUCUAAUCUUGCCGUUCCAGCGGAUAAUGCGACUGAAGAUGCUGGUGGAGAAUAUACUGAAGCGGACCAAACAGGGAUCCAGGGACGAGGAGACAGCUACUAAAGCCUUCGACAAGCUCAAGAAGCUCACACAGGAGUGCAAUUCCAGUGUGCAGUCGAUGAAGAGGACAGAGGAACUCAUUCACCUCAACAACAAAUUCCACUUUGAGAGUAAGAUAUUCCCGCUGAUCUCACAGUCCCGGUGGUUGGUGAAGCAUGGGGAGCUGACUGAGGUGGACUCGCAGACAAAUAACACGGCAGGGUCAAAGUUCAAGCUUUCCAACAGACCAAUCUACCUGCACCUCUUCAAUGACUGUCUCCUGCUCUCCCGCAAGAAAGAUACAGGGAAAUUUGCCGUGUUUAUCCAUGCGAAGACUGAGGAGCUGCGGCCGAAAGACCUGAACAUGAAGGUGCACGGGAUCCCAGGACACGUGUUCCACCUGCAGCUGCUCGGGAAGCAACACGCCAAGCAGCAGAUCCUGUUGCGGGCCCGCACUGAGAGCGAAAAGCAGCGCUGGAUAACGGCUAUGCUCCUCACUGAGCAAGGGACUAAGGCAGACCAGCUGGAUCUGGAGCAGGACGACUCCCCACAAGUUCAGUGCAUCAAGACCUACAAACCGCUGGAGGCAGACGAGCUGGCACUGGAGAAGGCCGAUGUCCUAGAAGUAAAGACAAGAACAAAAGAUGGGUGGAUAGAAGGAAUCCGACUGUCAGACGGAGAGAGGGGAUGGUUUCCAGAAAGCUACGUGGAGGAGAUAACGAAUCGGAAUGCCAGGAUACGGAAUCUACGGGAAAAGAAUCGGAUUAAGCACGCAACCCAGAAACUUCAGGAAGAACAUCAGUGACCAAUGGUGGUGCUGCAUUUUAGGACAUUCAUGGAGCAUGGAGAAUAUAUACAUCUCAUAUUUUAGGAGUAAACAACAGAUUCAAGGUAUCAAACAAGGGCAGCCUCAGGAAUUUGCACUGUUUCCCUUUGAGCAUGGUCGGUUUCAGGUGCCCUCUGUCACUGCUGAGUAGGGAUGCGAUAGCUAGUCAUAGGUUAAAUUUCCCUCACUCAUUAAGACACCAAAUUGGCAUGCUCAUCACUGAUGAGAGGGUGGACGGGUAGGGCCAGAGAGGCCAUUGUCUCAUUGGGUUGGUGUGAAUGGUAAAGAUUCAGUCCCCUUUGAAUCCCGAGGUCCAUGGACUUUGGUUUGGUGGUUGAGAAUCACAGCCAACACAACUCACGGAGUAAUCAAACUGACCACGCAUUCAACCUUCCCCAUUGUCCUCUGUCCAAACCAGACCGACUCAGCAACGGUACAAUCUCCUCUGUAUUGGCAACAGUUCAGAUUUAACCUCAGAAUGACAGCCGGCAGGACUGCAGGCUGGCCAUCACCCAGUGCCAUGCCCCGUCCCAUGAAGUUGUGGCCCUCCUCCCACUCAGGAGUUAUAUGGGUCAGGAGUAGGCGCAUUCGGCUGCUAAAGGGGAGGGGGUCGACGUGCAUCAGGAAGCUGGUAUUUGCUGUCAAUUGAGGAAGACUGAUUCUGGCCCAGCGCACAUCUGUAAGCCUCCACGUGUAGCAUGGGAAACUUCCCCCUGUCCAAUGUCACGCCAGUGAGGGCCACUGAGCAGCAGUUCCAGUCGUCCAUUGUCAUGGUUACUGAGCUGCCUCUCAAACCAGCCUGAUUAAAUUUUAAGUUUUCGGGUUUCCUCAGCCCCUAGACUCCAAAGCUCCAACACAUACAGUACCUUUUGGUCAAAAGCCUAACACAUGAAAUGCAGCCACUACUUCAAUCUCCAAGCAAGGCUGACUCCUUCAGAUCCCAUCAGACCUAAUCGGACAAGGACUUCGAGGAUGGGUUUAGCCUUGAUUCACUCCACUCACCACAUUUCACAAUAGAUCCUUCUAGAAUUCUGACUGAAACUCUGCAGUUGAGCUGGAAACUCAACCUGGAACUGAUGUAGACUGUGUGAGAAAUAAAACCCAGCAUUGAUCUGGGGGAAGAAUGCAAGUGCUGAAAGCAUUCUUAAUGUCGACUGCCACUGACGUUACGGGAUUUCCGGAUUUUGUGGGCAACAGUGGUUUUGUUUCUACCUUCAUGCAGGUAACAGGGCGCUACUGGCUCCUGGUUGCAGAGGGAGGGUAGUACUGUUCCUAUAAAACCAAGGUCAAAGGCGCAAAUGCCUCCAAGGCAAGGCACGAGAUGGAAUCCCAUACAUCUGAUGCUGGAGAAAACCAUUCACGCAUAGAAGUGAUUAGUUAACCCUUUCAGAGAAGGGAAGCUGCCACUGUUAGCUGGCCUGGCCUCAGUAGCCAGUUGCAUCCUCCCUAUAGGCAGUCACUCCAAGGACAAUGAAUGAGAACGAUACAUGCAUCUUUGUUGUACCAGUCCACAUAACAAGUGAGCACUGGCAGCUGUUGUUGCAGCAGGCUCCGAAUCUUUUCGCUGCUAUGUUUUGUACAAACCUUUCCACAGAGCUGAUGCUGGCUUAAACAGCCAGGAUUUUGAACUUGGAUUUGAUGGGCCAGCAACUUUCUCACUCAGCUACUGUACAAAACCCCCUCUCCCCCACUCGCUCAACACCAUCUUGCUUUGCAUAUUUGUACAGUGUUGUUUAUGAUUCGGGUGAUGUCUCCAAGGUAGCUAUAAGCUGCAUGCAUGUAGUGCAGAAUACCCUGGUUAAGGUGCCACUUCUUUGUAACAAGCACUAACAUUCACAGAUUUCAAGCUGUUCAUUAUAUAAAUACGCUGUAAUUUUGUUUUGGACUCUCUCCUGGUGUGUUGUACAUUUUAAACAGGAGAACGCAACUCUACUUGGUGACGGGGAUUUGACGUGAUGGGUCCCUGAUCUUUCACCAUUGGGGUCUGGGCUACCCCAGGGGGGUGCAAGUUGUCCGAAGGUUGGUGUUCGCGUUUGCGUCUCUCUCAGACGAGAGGUACGAGUUCAAAACGGCCUGCCUGGUGCAGACUGCUAAGUUAUACGAGUGGGGACAGGUGUUGACCUUGGUCCAGGCUAGAAGCCGUCUCUUGGGUGCUGGGUGUCUGUGCCAUAGUCUUCACUUCAACCUGUGUCUAGAGUCAGUGUGGCACUCACUGACUGAAAUUCAUUGCAUUAUUGUAAAGGUCUCCAUUGAAUGUUGUACAUAUUACACACACCACUGCCAGCUUAAGCCAGAACCCCCCCCCCCCACCCCCGAGGGGGUGCAGCAGUGCAGGCACUUUCUAUUUACACAGGCAAUAACUGAGCUACCAUGAACGUGUAUGCAGGCCAUGUACACAGAGGCAUCAGCAACUGUCCAAGCAGGAACGUUUGAUGCUUGGAUCAAAUAUGGUUAUUGACAGCUGGUUUAUCACUGGAAUAAUCUGACAUUUUCCAGAUAUUAGUGGAUGUUUAAUGAUUAUACACCAUCAAAACACUAAUGUAACAUUUCUAUUUGGUGUCAUAAUUAAAGAUAU